GCUGGCAAGACACCUACGCUUGUCGACGAGCUGGACACCACAGCCAGAACAGCGAUGUGCGGCGGGCAGUGAACACUUUGUGCGGCUAUAUAAUAGGAACAAACCCCACUUUCACAGUCUGGACAACCCAGAGUUUUUGAAAGAGUACCGCUGCGGGUCUGGUUUGCUGGAGUGUGGCGGCGGAGUGAGCGGGGCUGCGCUGCCCUGAGUGAACGUGUGGAGGACGGGAGUGUGGAGAGGACAGGACCUCACCGCUGGAAGACGCUCAUAGUGAAGACACUUGGGGCCACCGACAUUUAGUUCACCACAAGAGGAUAGUCUCCGGCCAUUCUAAGCGAACGACUUUUAGACUUAGAGGAGACAAACUCAACUACCGCUUCGACUCGAUGUUGGAUGCUGCUGGGCUGAAGGAGUGAGGAGAUGCGCGGUGUAACAUGGAUAUCCGAGAAGGGAUGAACCUCAGUAAAAAUUGCACGGGAUACACUCAGAAGAACAGUGAAAGUGCUGGAAAGGAUAAAGCCCGGAUUCUGCGCACCUGUGAUUGGAUGUGAGCUUCUAUUGACCUGAGACCAUUAAAAUGGAGUUGCUAUGGAAACUUAUACUGCUGCUGUCAUUGGUGGAGUGCCUGGCAGGAAGUGGAGUCAUGCUGAAGCCCGUGUUCACCAAACAGCCUGGCAGCGUGGUGUUUCCCCUUCACCCCAGCGAGAACCGCAGAGAGGUGGUGUUCAGCUGUGAGGCCCAGGGACACCCAGCGCCCUUCUACAGGUGGAAGCUAAAUGACUCUUUCAUCGUGCUCAGAGCAGGCUCACGCUAUUCUCUUGUGGGGGGCAACUUACACAUCAGCCAUCUGAACAAGGAAGAGGAUGUUGGCAUAUAUCAGUGCCUAGCAUCGAACUCUUUUGGCACCAUCGUCAGCAGAGAAGCCAGUCUGCACAUUGCCUACCUGGAAAACUUCAAGACACAGAGGAGGAGUCCAGUGAGGGUUCGUGAGGGUCAAGGAGUGGUCUUAUUGUGUGGCCCGCCGCCUCACUCUGGAGAGCUAACCUUCACAUGGAUCUUCAAUCAGUACCCAUCGUUUGUCAUCCAGGACACGCGACGAUUCGUGUCCCAGAAGACAGGCAACCUCUACAUUGCCAAAGUGGAACCUUCUGAUGUGGGCAACUACACCUGCGUGGUCACCAACACGGUCACCAAAACCAGCGUUCAAGGACCGCCGACACCUCUAGUGCUGCGGAUUGAUGGCGUGAUGGGCGAAUACGAGCCAAAGAUUGAAGUGCAGUUUCCUGACAUUGUUCCUGUUGCUAAAAGCUCCACUGUCAAGCUGGAAUGUUUUGCACUUGGAAACCCAGUGCCAACAAUCAGCUGGAGAAGAGUGGAUGGAGCGUCUUUUGGCAGGAAGGUGGACGUAAAUAAAGCAAGUGGGGUUUUAGAGAUUCCCUACUUCCAGCAGGAGGAUGCGGGGAUAUACGAAUGUGUGGCGGAAAACACCAGAGGAAGAAACUCGGUCAAAGGAAAGCUGUCAUUCUAUGCUCCUCCCCAUCUGAUCGAGAAGCCUCAGGAUGCCCAGAAGCCCAUUGAUGACACCCUGGUGUGGGAGUGCAAGGCCAACGCCAAGCCCAAGCCUUCGUACCGCUGGCUGAAGAACGGAGACCCCCUGGAUCCCAUGGAGGACAGAGUUCAGGUGAAUAAUGGAGUGCUGACCAUCAGUAGCUUGAAGCUGGCUGACAUCGGCAUGUACCAGUGUGUGGCAGAGAACAAGCACGGCCGAAUUUUCACCAACACUGAGCUCAGAGUGAUAGCCAUUGCUCCAGACUUUUCCCAGAACCUGUUGAAGGCACAAACCCUGGCCCGACAGGGUGGCGACGUGCUGAUUGAAUGCAAACCCAAGAUGUCUCCACGCGGCAUGAUUUCCUGGAGGAAGGGGAAGGAGGCCCUGAGAGAGAGCCACAGAGUUACUGUGUUGGAUAAUGGAAGUCUACGGAUUGCCAAUGUUACAAAAAUGGAUGCUGGAGUCUACACGUGUGUAGCCAGAAACCAAUUUGGAGUAGCGAGCAGUGCUGGCAGUCUUUUGGUUAAAGAGCCGACCGUGAUCACCAGCCCAGCGGGGCAUCUGGACGUGACAGUGGGUGAGAGCAUUGUGCUGCCCUGCCAGGUAUCUCAUGACCCCACGCUGGACCUCAAGUUCACCUGGUUCUUCAAUGAGCAGCUCAUCCACUUUGGAACCCAUGGGGGCUAUUUCGAAAAAGUUGGCAGUCGCUCGGCCGGGGACAUCAUGAUCCGGAACAUUCAGUUGAGGCAUGCUGGGAAAUAUACAUGUGCCGUUCAGACCAAAGUGGACAGUGUGUCUAUCGCCACUGAUGUGAUAGUCAGAGGUCCCCCGGGCCCCCCUGUGGAGUUUAAGGUGUCCGAGAUGACAGAGUCCACCGCCUCUCUGUCCUGGGGACCAGGGCUGGACAACCACAGCCCGAUCCUCAGCUACAUCAUCCAGGCCAGAACACCUUUUUCUCUGGGGUGGCAGGCUGUUACCACUGUUCCUGAGCUGCUGGGGGGGAAGCAGCUGUCAGCCACUGUCAUUGACCUGAGUCCCUGGGUGGAGUACGAGUUCAGAGUCCUGGCAACCAACAGCAUAGGGACAGGAGAGCCCAGCAAACCCUCCAAAAAAGCCCGCACCAAAGAAAUGCCUCCCAGGGUAACUCCAGCCAGAGUGAAUGGUGGUGGUGGAGGUCGUUCAGAGCUCGUCAUCACAUGGGAGCCGGUGCCUGAGGAGCUGCAGAGCGGUCCAGGCUUUGGCUAUGUGGUGGCUUUCCGCCCACAUGGGGCACAGGGCUGGAUGCAGGCUGCUGUGACAUCUCCUGACGCCUCGAGAUAUGUCUUCAAGAAUGAGAGCAUCCCUCCCUUCUCCCCCUACCAAGUCAAAGUAGGGGUCUACAACAACAAGGGAGAAGGCCCUUUUGGUCCAGUGACUACCAUCUAUUCAGCUGAGGAAGAGCCCAGCAGAGCUCCGGGGCGGCUAAGGGCGAGAAGUGUGUCGGCGUCUGAGGUGGAGGUCACCUGGAAGCCCCUGGCCUGGAGCAACAAUCGUAGACGCAUCCUGGGCUACGAGUUGCGGUACUGGGGAGAGAGGGACAAGCAGGAAACAGCCAGCGUGAUCAGAACUGUGGGAAACAGAACAUCAGUGCUCAUUAAGGAUCUGGAGGGCAGCAGUACCUACUUCAUGUCCCUCCGGGCCUAUAACAGUGCUGGGCUGGGGCCGCAGAGUGCCAUCGUCAAUGUCACCACCAAGAAACCACCCCCUAGUCAAGCCCCAGUCAAAAUCAUGUGGAACACUUCGAACUCCAAGGUUAUCCUGAGGUGGGACCAAGUUCAUGCCCUGGAGAACGAGUCAGAGGUUACGGGAUAUAAGGUGAUGUACAGCCAGGAUAAACACAGCCGUCCCAGUGUCGUGGAGACCAACACCACCUCCCUGGAGCUGUCACUGCCAGUCAACCAGGACUACGUCAUCCAGAUUAAGCCCUUCAGUGAGGGAGGGGAGGGCAGCAGCAGCCGCCAGAUCACGAUCCCCAGGAUAGCAGGUUCCUUAGCUGUGGGAGCAGCCCCAGAACUCUCAACCUUUCCCUUGGUCAACCUUGCAGCCCUUAUACUCACAGCCAGGACAGUACUAUGACAAACAUCUCGGAGAACUGGCCUCUACAGCUGCUUACUAAAAGGAGAAACUGCAGGACAAAGGAAAAAAGAGGCUGACAGCCAUCUCUCCACCUGCUCCCCAAGCCCACAUUCUCUUUCCUCUUCUUUUGACAAAGAUCUCUUUGUGGAGAAGAUCUUUUCUUUUCCCUCACCUUUCUAAAGGAGUUAUUGAAAGGAACUGUCUCUUUCAGAGACUGCUUUUAUGGAGCUGGAAGGACCUCGUGGCUCGUCUGCAGCCUUUCUUUUCUUCUCCUCCUUCCUGCCCGUGGAUAUUCUUGUAAGGUUUGCACCUUUCAGCCAAGGUGAUACAAGGCGCACAAUAGGAUGUGUAUAUGUUUCCAAGGGGGGUUCAUGUGAAUUGUGUGAACGGAUAUGUACCUUUGGAUAUUUCUUGGAUGACGGAAUUGUAACUGUGGCAAAUUUUGGAUAAGAUAUGAGGCACUUAUGUAGCUCAUAUAUGCGUAUAUGUGAGCAAAGUUAUAUUUGAGCUUGAUUCACGAUGUGCACACAUAAAGCAAUGGCAUUAAGUCAUUCCUUUCCAGUCCUUGGAAUGUCUUUGGGAAGCUUACCACAGUGACUAAGAAGUAAAACCAACUUUGUUAGUAAUCUCUGCUGAAAACAGGGAACUCUCACAAGCCUCAUUGCUUUACGACAAACAGUACUUUGGGACCUUUGUACCUUUGCCUGGAUUUUAUUCUUGCUUUUAUGUGACACCGCAUCACAUAGAAACCUCAAUUUGUCAUGAAAUUGACUCGAACCAAAGGUUUUGAGCCAACAAGGUUCUCUUCCACCCAUUACAAGAAACUACAGAGUGUACGCAUCCAAACUGGCUUCCAUUGUGAGCAGCAGAGUUGUGUUGAUUAAUCGAUGUCUCACCUUCUUCCCUCAUCCUUCCAUUAUAAGUGCAUAACAAAGGCACGCUGAGCAGUGUGAGCCGCAUUGUUGUACACUGUAUGUAUGAAAUCCUCAGGUCCCAAAUGAGCCUUAAGUCUUUGAUUAUUGUCCAUGUUAUUAUUCAAGUGAUAUUUUAUUUAUUUUCCUCCUUCAUUUGUCCACAUCAUAUUAUGGCUCAUCCUCCUAUAAUUUAACAAUAAUAGACCGUACAGUAUGUUUGGAUCAUUUUUCAUUUUUGGUCCUUCAAGGGUUAUAUUAUUGGGCCUUUUCGGCUCAAAAACGACAUGCCUUUUUCCUGUCUUUCAUGAUCAGCAUUGUAAUACAGUACAAGUGGCAGUGAUUAUUGACUUUUCUAACAUAGCUUAAAUACAAAGUAGGGGUGGCAUUUUACUGUCAUCUGUUGUUUGGCAUGAGAAUGGUCAGUGUACCUACGUUGCUUAGGAUGUCUGAAUGGAUCAACCUGCUUUUAAUAAACAUAAUGUCAUUUU